AUGGAAAAUUUCUUCACGAAAAAAGUGCAAAAUGUGUUUGCAAUUUUGAAAAAGAAAAAUAACAAAGAGGAAGGGGAUAACACACGUUGUGAAAAUAAAACGAAUAAGUCUGAUAAAGAUGGAAUGCAUCCCAAGGACACAAGUACAUUAGAUUCUCUAUCCACAGAAAAGAAGGGACUAAAGAACGACAUAAUCAUCAGCAGUGAUAAAAUAGAAAAUAGAUCUACAGAAGAAAAAGAGAACACUGAUCAUAAUGUAAAUAAAAAAAGGAAAUUAAUGAAAUUACACAAUAAUGAAAAUGUUUAUCUAAUUGACAAUUUUAUUAAUAUAAAAAAAUGCAGUGAAACAAACUACACAAAUGAGGAGGAUAUGAAAAAAAUUGGAACAACAAUUACUCCCAUCACUUUUGGUACAUCUAGCUCUGCUAGUAUGGUUACAUUAAAUACAACAAGCAUUUGCAAUUUUUUAUUACCUAAAAAAGGCGAAAAAGGAGAAAAGGACGAAAAAGACGAAAAAAGCGAAAAAAACGAAGAAGACAAAAAUGAAAAGAAAAAAAAAACAUUAGAACCGAGCCCCAUUAAUAGUAAUGAACAAAAUAAUGAUGAUAUUGUACAAGCCGAAGGUGGUCUAGAACAGACACCAGCUAUCAAUUCAGGAGACAUAAUUGAAAUUGUUGACGACUUGAACGAGGGGAAAGAAACAAAUUUAAUACAUAUAACACAUGUAAACCCAAAGGAGCGAGAAGAAAAGAGCAUAAACGAGAAGAAAAAAAACAAUCAAAAGGAACAACAAAAAGCGUAUGGAUUUCUAAAAAGUACAAUGGAAAAAAAAAAUACAAAGAUUAAAAAACAAAAAACAAAUCACAGCAUAAGUAGCAUAAAUAAUAGUAACCAAAAGGAGAAUUCAAAUUUUAUGAAAAAUAAUGGAGAUGGGAAGAGGGUAAACAGAAUUGAUGAAAUUUUUAAAAGUCUCAUUAUAGAACAAAAUGAGAAAAAGGAAAAACAAUUAAACAAUUCCAAGAGUGAUAAUAUAUCUGAUCAAAUGAUCCACAUUAGCACUACCGAUUGUAUUAGUAUUAUUGAUGAAAUUGAAAUAGACCAUAAAAUAACAGAUGAAACUACACAAGAAGCGAAUGAGCAUACUCCUAAUGGUACCAUGGGUACAAUAACUAAUAGAACAGUAAGUUCAAACCAUGAGACAAUAGCAAAAAAGAAAACACCAGAGUGGGAUGGUGAAAAUGGAAGUCUCUGCACCCGUGGAAAAGAAUUCAAAGGGGGUGGAUCUUUGAAAAUAGAAUGCAAUCAUAUUAAUUCGAAAGCACUAAUAAUUGACACUGGUGCCGAUGAACAACUAAAAGGACUUGCUCAGAAGGAAACAAAAGAAAUAAUAAAAAACACACAAGAUGAAGAGAUCAACAUUUCAACAGGAAGAAUAGAAGAAAGUGAAAAAAUAGACAUUCAGACAGAAAUCUCAUGUAUGGGGGAAGAUAUAAAAACAAAUGAAACGAAGGUGAAAGACGAACAAAAAUUAAAUGUUCAAAUAGAGAAUGAAAAAAGUGAAUUUGAAAGAGAUCAAAAAUACAAAUGGAAAGAAAAUAACAAGAAUUCAUUGAAAUUUGAACAUAACAAAAAUGAAACUUACGAUACAGACAAUUUAAGGACAAAGUUCCCUGAAUUUGCAAUGGAUCAAAGCAAAAAGUUAAUUAACGAAACAAAUGAAUUCUUCAAUAUGUAUAAUUUAAAUCUUAAAAUUGAGCAUCUUCCAAUUAAUAUUCCCGAUGACUUAAAAGCACUUAUUGAAAAAAAAAGAAAAAUUGUAAAUACAAUUAAUGAUUAUAAGAAUGAGUUAAAGGAAAAGAGAAAUAUUUCCAAAAGGGAUGAAAAAUACAUAAAAAUAAAAAGUCAACAUGGGGAUGCACUAAAUACAAAUUUAGAUGUGUCGAAAAUUGAAUCAGAUUGUGACAAAAAGGAAAAUAAAAAUGAACCUACCAUAAAUAAUCACGUCACACAUAAUGAUGAAGGAGAUGUGUUAGAAAAUGCCAAGCAUUUCAUCACAUGUCUUAAGAGCGAAGAAGCAAUGCCAGAACUAUCUGACAUAGAAGAGAAAACUAUUAAUAACAACAUGAAGGAAUUUCCAAAAUGUAAAGAUCUCGAUAUUGAUAAAUGUGAAACGGAUGUUGAUGAAAGUGAACUAGUGCAUAUUACAACUAACGAUAAGAAUAAUAUAUCCUGUAUAGAGACCUUGAAUCAUCCAGAGGACAUAUUUAAUGAGGAUGAAAUGAAAAAAGGCAAUAGUCGCUUAAAUAUAAAGAAGAAAAGAAAACCAGAUGACAAGAAGGUCGAGAAAGUUUCUAACUCAUUCGAUGAUUUAAAUUAUUUGGGCGAUAGCGAUAAAGAGAUUGUGGAAAGGGAAUAUAAUAAUUUUUUAAACGUUUUUGCGAAAAUGAAUAUGGGAAAUUGUUCAAAAGAAUGUGAUACUAAUGAAGUGCACGAACAAUCCGAUAUGAAAAAUCUCAAUGAAUUUGCAGAACCCACGGAAGCGAAGGAUCAAAGUGAAAAUAUACCUAGUGAUGAAAAAGAUGAAGCCUCAAUUGUUGAUAAGAAUAUAACGAAUUAUGAUAAAUGCAAAGUGAAUAUAAUCGAAAGUGGAAAUGUAGAAAAGGAGGAAUUUAUAAAAAAUGUUAUGAAGAGCCUUACAAUGAACAGCAACGAGGAAGAGAACUAUCUGAAAUACAAGAAGAUAAAAAACGAAGAAAUAAAAUUUAAAAAGUUAAAAAAAAUAAUAACAGAAAUUAAAAUAAAAGAAAAAAAAAUUGACGUACUUCUAAGCAACCAUCGAAACUUUUUUAAAUAUACUAACAUGUAUAGACAUCGACACUUUUUACAUGAAAAAAUGUUAAUUAAUUGGAGUUACGUGGAAAAUAUAAUUAAUAAAAAGAAUGAUAUUAGAAAUAGAAAUUUACCUUUUCAAUUAUUAGAAUUAGAUGAAAAUUUAGCAGAAAAUAUACAAAAAACUUAUGACGACAUACUCUUGGAUGAUUUUUCAGGGAUCAUAAUAACAUUAAAUACAAAUUCAUUUUCAACAGCUGUUGAUGGAAAUUCAAUUCACAUUUCAAAAAUUAUAUGUGGUUGUUUAGUUGAGUACUUAAGUACUUCUGAAUUAAAUAUAAAAUGUAUCUGGGCACAUCCAUUUUUGAGUGCAAAAUCGACUUAUCAUAUUUUGUGUGCAUUUUUGCCUAGGGCUAUUCUGGAGGCAUUUCUUAAUAAUAAUACAUGUUCAGAAAAUAAUUCAACCCACAAGCAGUUAUUUAAUUCAUCUUGUAUUGAGAAGCAAGACCAGAAGGAUGAAAUACAAGAAAAGGAAUCUAAACAAAAAAGAAAAAAGAGUUUUUACGAUAGAUUACAUCAACUUAAAGAAAGUAAUUCAAAUGAUCCGAAGAAAUAUAAUAAGAGUCAGAAUCAUUAUACAAAUGAAGAAGAAUGUUAUUUUAGUAAUUUUGCCGCACAACAAUACCCAGCUACCUACUUCUUAAACUUCAAUAAAGAAUGGGCCACACUUCUAAACAAUUCUGCUGACUCUUCAGGUGAAUACUUGAACAGUAGAAAUGAACACAGUAGACCACACACGUACCCAACGUGGAACACAAACGAUAUGGAUAAAGAAACAGAAGGAGAAAAUAAAUUGAAUGUAAAAAAUGGAGGAAAUUUUUUAUACAUAAUAUUUAGCGACAUUGAUAUAUUCCCAAGACAGUGCUAUUUGUUGUUAUGUUCUUAUAAAUACAUGUGCUUAAACAUGCAUUAUGACACAGACUGUUAUUCGGAGCACUACGACUUGGAUUUGAAAAAUAUCCAAAAAGAAAACAUAGGGAAAACUACUGAGCUGUCUAACGUGUGCCCAUGCUCGUCCAUCAAAAAUACCAACUCGGAUGCUGAGGAAUCGUACGAGAGGAUUAUCGGAUGCAGCGAACUGUACAUGUACUAUAUGAUCCCGAAAAAGGAAGAAAGAGAAAGUCUAGGACUACUGAAAAGAAAGGGGUGGAGAGAUUUAAUUUCAACUACCUUUGAUGAAGAUAUACAUGAAAAUAUUUCGAGAAUAGUAAAAAUAAGAACCAACAUAAAUAAUUUGUACGAUCAUAUAUCCAUGCAAAACAAAUUAUGUGAAAAGAUCUAUAAUUCCACCUAUAUAAAUAAAUAUGAGUGGUGUGGGCUAAAAAUAAAGGAUAUACGUAAUAUGAUGAAUGAGGAUUUUAAUUUUGAAUCGCCAAAGAAAAAAUGA